GAGGAGAGCGAGAGGGUGUCGUACCAUGGACGGAACGUGGAAAACCGGUCUUCCUGCCGGCCGACGCGUCGGUUUCCAACCAGCCCAAACCACCCCCGCCGCCGGCCGCACCCUCCACCUGACGACCUGCGCCGGCCCAUCCUCCCGGCCUGGCCCAAGCCAACGCGCCCCGCGCUGCCCUUGCCGUGCCGAGUCCCAGCCGGAUCCCCCUCAAAGCACGACAACCCCACGCCGCCGGCACCGCCGCACCACCGAAACCAACCCUACCCAAACCAGAUCGAAUCCGAUCCCGCCCCUCCCCCCUCCUCGCCGAAUUCGCUCCGAUCCGCGGUGAUGGACGACGACGACGACGUGUCGCCCGACGCCUCCCCGUCGCCGGCGUCCUCCCCGGGGGCGCCGUCCGCCGCGCUCCCCGUCGCCGACCCCGUCACCGUCGCCUCCGCGCCGCCCGGGGGCGCCUACGCGGUCGCGCUCCCGAUCCACCGGACCGCGGCGUCCCUGUACGCCACCGCCGGCGGCGGGGGCGGCGGCGGGAGGGAGGAUGCGUGGAGCGAGGGCGCCACCUCCGCGCUCAUCGACGCCUGGGGGGAGCGCUUCGUCGCGCUCGGCCGCGGCAGCCUCCGCCACCCGCAGUGGCAGGAGGUCGCGGACGCCGUCUCCUCCCGCGACGGGUACUCCAAGGCGCCCAAGUCCGACGUCCAGUGCAAGAACCGCAUCGACACGCUCAAGAAGAAGUACAAGAUCGAGAGGGCCAAGCCGGUAUCCUCCUGGCAGUUUUUUGACCGCCUCGACUUUCUCCUCGCGCCCACCUACGGCAGCAAGCCCGGCUCCGGCUCCGGCGGCGGCGGCGGGCACAACUCUAACAGCCGCAGCCCGCUCCCUGCGGCGCUGCGGAUGGGCUUCCCGCAGCGCAGCCGCACGCCGUUGAUGCCCUCCGCCGCAGCGGCGGCCAAGCGGAGAGCCCCUUCGCCGGAGCCGUCGGUGUCUUCCGAGUCCUCCGACGGCUUCCCGCCGGUGCCGGCGCUCCCGGCGGCGAACGGGAAGAGGAGGAGGACGGACGAAUGGCGCGCCGACGGUGGCAGCGGCGGCGACCGCACACAGGGCCUCCGUGACCUGGCUCAGGCGAUACGCCGCCUCGGCGAGGCGUAUGAGCGUGUGGAGGCCACGAAGCUGGAGCAGGCAGCCGACAUGGAGCGUCGGCGAAUAGACUUCGCGCGGGAGCUGGAGUCUCAGCGCGUGCAGUUCUUCCUCAACGCGCAGAUGGAGCUCACGCAGUCCAAGAAUCACGCCUCCCCUGCCGCGGCCGCCAUCCCUGCCGGUGCCACCACUGUUGGUGGCUCGUCUAUGAGAAUGUCGAUGGCUACCGAUGCCGGUGGCAGCAGUAAUCACCAUAGCCGGUACCGCGCCAGCCAUAGGGACCGGCACCAUCAUGCCCCGCGUUCACAUUACCAGCAAUACCAUGACAACAAUCACGCUGCCGCCGCCGCCCCCGCAAGUGAGGGUGAGCAGUCCGAGGAGGAGGAGGACGAUGAGGAGGAAGAAGAGAGCCAGUAAUUUUGGCGAUUCGCCAUGUUUUAAGAGUUUGUAUCGGUAUCACCAUAGAAGUAUUGCAUUGCUCCAAUUUAACUUAUAUGCGAUCUCAAAGAAGAGAUGAUGACCUGGGAGCAGUGGAAAUUGAUCAUCUUAGUAGAAGUACUAGUAUUAGCAUUAGAUAGUCCUUGCUGUACCACGAUGUUAGUCAAUUCGUUGCUUGUUUCUCCACACAUUGCAUUAAUAACAUCUGAUGUGAUCUCAUUUGUGCCAAGAAUUGGCGAAA